GUCACCACUCUUCUAGACGUUCAAAAAAUCUCAGAUGUGAUGAUAGUCAUUGACCAAGAAACCUUUAUGCGACCGAUCUGCGCUGGAAAUGCAUCAUGUAUCUUAAAGACUCAAGAUCCUAUCAAAGUCAUUACAGCUUGUUGUGCAAGUUUUGAACCAAUCACUAGUAUAUCAGAAGGAGAAGUCGAAGUGGAGAAACUAGAAAGUAUCGAAUCUGGAAAAAUCGUAUUGCAAUGGAAAUCCAAAUCCCUAACAAAAUCUGAAAGACCUGAAUUACGUUCAGCAAACCGAAUCGUAUCCGGAGGAAGAGGAGCAAAGAACAAAGAAAACUUGGACAAGAUUUUGAUUCCAUUAUCCAAUAAAUUAACUUCAGCAAUUGGAGCAUCUAGAGCAGCACUAGAUAGUGGAUUUGCUGAUAAUUCUUCAAAAGUUGGUCAGCCUGGUAGAGUCGUCUCUCCUGAACUUUAUAUUGCUGUAGGCAUCAGUGGUGCUAUUCAACAUUUGGCUGGCAUGAAGGAUAGUAAAACUCUUGUGGAGAUUAAUAAGGAUCCAGAGGCUCCUAUCUUUCAAGUGGCUGAUGUAGGCUUAGUAGCAGAUCUUUUUGAUGCGAGUCCGUGA